AUGACAUCCGCAGACAAUGACAUCGACUCCGGUGCCUGCUUCCAGACCUUCCGCUCUCGCCUAGGCUCAGGACACGGUCUCGUGCGCAUCCCCGCUGUCCGCCACCCCAUCCACGGACACCUGUACAUCAUCUGGUCCGACAUCCGGCACUGUUUCCCAGGAGUAGCGCGCAUCCAAUUCGACAACAUCUAUGUCCCCAUGUUCAGAGACGACAAAUCCCUCCUCCGUGUAAAGCCGCAUGGAAUUCAUUAUCACGCAGGCAUUGUUCUGGAUGUUAUCUACGACGACAUGGUGUCCUCCCCCUCGGUCAAACAAUACAGGAAACAGCUUUCAUCCCAGUCCGUACAGGAGCCCGUUCAGCAAGGAGGAUCUCCUUUUGUUCCAACUACACCCACUGCUGUUCCUGUUGACUCCAGACUCACUGUGGCAACCGCGACUGCCCUUGUCCCGGCUACUUUUCAACCCGAGCAUCCGCACCCAAAGGAUUCUCGACAGCCAGCUUCUACGACGCGCCAGAUCUCUCAGGAACAUGAGCAACCCCGGCAGUAUACCCAUCAGUCAAAGACCACUCAGGAACCCAGCCACGUAACCUCGUCUCGGCGGUCUUUCACGACUCCUCAAUCAACCCUGAAGUUCGGUCUCCCACCACAGCAGCGCAAGCAUGAACAACAGCAACUAGAACCUGCUCCCCCGACGUCCACCCUUGGUACCUAUCGCGAGAUUCGCAAUAUUCGUCAGGCUCGAGGCAUUGCCACAUACCCUACCAUGCCAGGUGUCACCUCCCACUCUGUCCCUUCCUCCCGUUCAUCCUCCGUCUGCUCCGCUACCGAUGGCCUCGACAUUCGCAGGAGCACUCGCGACAUCACUUGUGCUUCCUCGACGCCCAUCGGGAUGACGACAGCCUUCACAAUGUCCGUGCCCUUGCCGUCUCAAAUCGCAGCAGCAGCAGCGGCGGCAGCUUCUGUGAAACGAUCAAGAGAGGACCACAACUCCGAGUAUGAUCAAGAAGGAUCAGAAUGUGAAGACGAAUACGAUGAUGCGGAUUAUGGCGAGGACGACGAGAAAGGGUCCGUUAAGUAUAUGAAAGGCGAGGAUUCGGGAGAUGACGAUGGCGACGGCGGGGAGGACGAGGACGAAGAUGGAAGGAUAUCAAAGGAGGAAAACGCGGGAGACGGCGAUUCAGGCAAAGACGUUGGAGACUACGUGGAUGAUGUCUCGGGUGAAGAUCUAGGGGAUGGCGAGAGCGAUAAAGAUGGCCACGGCGACGAGUACGAGACUCCCCCCAGCGAGAGCGAGCACGAGGAUUUGUUAGAUCCAAACGGGAAUGCAGCCGAUCAGUCCAAGUCCGUGGAUAUUGCAGUCAAGGGGCUCAGUCUCGUCAACAAACUUGAUCGCCUUGUUGAAAGCAGAAUGGCCCUCACGAACACGACCAUGGCCUCGAUUAGCUCGCCCGCCGUCAUCGCCAUCGCCAAUCGAAUUCAGUCAGGACCGGCUUUAUCAUCCGUGUCUGUCAUCGACAUGACUCAAACACAUCCUGAUGUUGACACCGAUCUUACUACAUGGGAUAGGCGCGCCGCCAUCGCCGAAACCAUGCGUGUCUAUUCGACCAAGACCCAGCCGUUUGUUCGCCCACCCCGACAGGGUCCACUCACCAUCGAGGAUCUGGUCGAGCAUCGCGUCAAGAACGUAUUGAUGAAGCGACAACGCUGGAUCGAGGCCGCCUGCCCGAGAUUCUUUUGUAUCCUUCCGACGUCUGACGAUGUCGCUUCUAGGGCUGCCGUGACCCCAACUAACUGGGACCCCUCCACCGACAUUGAAGCCACCCCGUUAACCAUGACUCUUGCCAACCCACUCACAUACGCACCUGACCCCAGCGCGGCCGACUUUCACUUCUUUUUCAUUUGUGACUGUUGCGACGUUCCGGGAUAUGAGGAAGAGUGGUUCCCACAUGGCAGUCUCCAUGAAGGUGUCCACAACUACGAUCUUACCCUCGGCGUGGUCGAUGACAUGGUCCCAAAGUAUGGCGAAUACAUCAUGGGUGUUCUCGAGAUGCUCAAGUAUGGAGUCUACAUUAACAAUCGCCUCAAGUUCCCUGCCCAGACGGAUGCCGAUGUCCAAAGACGUCUAUCCGUUGCCAUCGAGUUCUUGGAGUCGAGGAACAUUCUAUCCUGUGCCAACUACUACUCCCAAAAUUUGGCAGUACUAGAGAAGGACCCCUCUGGUGCUGCUCUUCUAGCUGGCAUGACCCCGAUCGAGCCCCUCUCAAAGACGAUGACCAAGGUCUUGGCCCGUCGAUUGGAGAUGACCCAUGUGCCAUUGUUUGAGGGCAUGAGCCCUUACCGGACCAGAGAGGGCGAUGUCCGUUGGGUAUGCCUACCUCAUUGGUACGGCAUGUCCCCUCAGGAGGAGUGGGCGGUUUUGAACAAGUUCAAGGACAACAGUCCGUUCAUCAAGAGCGAGUACCAUACCAACCUGGCGACCUUCCGCGCUGUCGCCAUGAAUCGAGCCAAGGCACAAGAGUUUUACACACUGGCCGGACGGAUGACGACCACCUGCGUCUUCCGCUUGUUCAACGACUUUGACAUGAACUCGCAGGACGAGGCGCACCUCUGCGAAGCGGUGGAAAAGUUUUCCGCCGCAUGUGUUCACAUCACGGUCCGCCCCAAAACUGGUGUUCACGACGGGGCCAUGCACGGGUUUGCCAAGGGUUACUGGACCAUCACCCUGGCAGCACUCGGAAACGAAAAACUGGAAGGAUUCCGACUAGUCCAGGGGACAACCGACGAGCCGCCAAACUUCCGAGCCCAUUAUGAGCGAUCGGACCUGGAGCGCUCCACCUCCAACGUUGUGGCCCUGUUGACCCGGAUGAAGCGAAGCAGCCACAACAAGAGAUUGAAUGUCACUAUUGUGGUCACCGACAUCGAUCGCGCCGUGAACACCAUCCGUCGGCAUGUCAAGGGUCUCCAUCACUUUUCCAAGCUCAUUCUUGCGACGGAUUUCACCUACAACGAGGUUCAAGCUCGAUUCGCGAGACCAGGAAGCACUGUUCCUGGAUGCGACGUGGAGGAUAUGGACUACGAGGGUGAUUUGGAGUCGUUUUUUGUGCGGAGGGACGGGUGCGACACGAUCAGGUACACCUGCAUCGGGAUGCCGGACAACCAGUUUUUGAUGUCGCGAGCUUUGACGACUGUCCAGAUGGCGUUCUCAUUGAUGCGCGACCGCGCCAAGGUUCGGGAGCUGAUCAAGCACAGCAAGGCUCUCAACUCGCUCACGCUUCAAAACUCUACUAGGGAUGACCCUAGCCAAAUCUACGAGAGUCUCAAGGCUUUAUUGGCGAGUCACCCCAGCCUUCAGGAGCUGUCUGUUCAGCAUCGCCAAGGCAGCAGCCGACCUUCGAACUUUAUCUGGCUCUACCCCAACGACUUGACCAAGAUGAGGGUCCAUAUGAGCUUUGGACUGGGAGCCAAGGUCCGAGCCAUGUUCCAGAAGUAUGCCACGUCAAUCGAGGAGUUGACGGUUGAAGGGAUCGAGUCUGCGGAUGCUGCUGUGUUUGAAAAGUCGAUGAAGACCAAGAAGGGACCACUCAAGCUGCGCCGUCUGGUUCUUCGAGGAUUGCAUCUGUGGGAGCCGCUUGCCCUGGAGGAGCUCAAGAAGGUUAUCUUGCGCCUCCGCAUUAUGGAGGUGAUCGUCUCGGGUGGCAUUGAAGACCAGGACGAUUUCCCACCUGAAGGGCUGGCAGGCACCACCCAAGUCGUGCCUGUGAUCCCUAGGGCGCGCAAGGGCAAGGGCAUGUCAGUGUCGGCCCGAGUUUCGAUCUGGUUCGAGUUUAUCUUUGCCAUCCGAGGCUGCUUGACUGGUAUCAAAAUGCGGGGAAAGGCGACUGCACAGCUGGUCCUCAUGCUAGGAACCCGUUUGGAGGAGUCGAUCCAAAUGCCGCUGCUGAACGAGCUGAAUCUCUCUGCCGAUUGGAAGGUAUCGUUGCUCCACUACCCGUGGAUCGAGCGACUGGUCGAGUACAAGAGUGAGUCGAAGCGUUUCCCACAACGACCCGUCGCCAAAACUGAGGAGGUCAAGGCAGAGAGCGAGCCCAAGCGUCGCUUGCCACGCUCAGUCGCAGUAGUUGAAGUGGCCAAGGUAGCCAACGCGAAUGUGAACUGUGGAGGGCUGGGCGCACAACCGAUUAAGAUAGUGGCCUUGCUUGAGUUUGAGAUUUCACAAAUCCAGAUUCUGGACAGCGAGUGGGAGCGGCUGCUCAAGCAUCUAGAUCUUUACCAUCUGCGCGAGUUCUUGAUCCGCCAGCCCAACCCUAUGGGCUCCAAGACGCUGGCCGCGAUUGUUGACCAGAUCCCCCAGGGUAGUCUACUGGAGAGGUUUUCGAUUGAUGAAAAUAUGGGUCUGGGUCGCGAUGAUGUUAUUCUCCAGCACCGGCGGAUCAGGGAGAUGACUGGAGGAAACGUUACCAUUAUGAUUAACGGCUACAUUGUUGCUCCUUAA